CUCGACCACAGAGAGAGCGAGAGAGAGGGCGAUAGUUGCUUUCCUGCCAACUCCGUUUUUGUGGACGCAACGAACGUGGCGUCCAACGAGGCCAACAGCAGCAGCAGCGCCGCUGGUGGAGCCAGCGGGAGCAGCGCUGAAUCGGCCGCCCUGUUCUCCAAACUGCGUAGCUUCUCGAUUGGCAGCGGCCCCAACUCGCCGCAGCGUGUCGUCUCCAACUUGCGCGGCUUUCUCAGCCAUCGCCUGAGCAAUAUCACACCGAGCGAUACAGGAUGGAAAGACUCCAUACUAUCCAUACCCAAGAAAUGGCUUUCCACCGCGGAGUCUGUAGACGAAUUUGGUUUCCCUGACACUCUACCCAAGAUACCUGUCCCACCGCUGGAGCAGACCAUGGCCGACUAUGUGCUCGCCCUGGAGCCCAUCACGACGCCCGCUCAGUUGGAGAGAACCAAGGCCAUCAUCAAGCAGUUCGUGUCGCCGCAGGGCCUGGGACCCCGACUGCAUCAGUACCUGGUGGAUAAGCGCGAGGCGGAGGAUAACUGGGCCUACUACUACUGGCUCAACGACAUGUACAUGAAUGUGCGCUUGCCCUUGCCGAUCAACUCGAAUCCUGGCACCGUUUUUCCGCCGCGCCACUUCAGGACCGUCCACGACGUGGCCCACUUUGCGGCGCGGCUGCUGGACGGCCUGGUCGAGCACAAGGAGAUGCUGGAGAGUGGACAGCUGCCGCAGGAGAGGGCUGCCUCCAGGGAGAAGAACCAGCCGCUCUGCAUGGCCCAGUACUACCGCCUGCUGGGCUCCUGCCGUCGUCCGGGCGUGGAGCGCGACUCGCAGUACUUGCCGAGCCGGCAGAGGCCCAUCGACAGCGACGAGGACCGCCACGUGGUGGUCAUCUGUCGCAAUCAGAUGUACUGCGUGGUGCUGCAAGCCAGCGAUCGCGGCAAGCUCACCGAGAGCGAGAUCGCCUCCCAGAUACUCUACGUGCUCAGCGACGCGCCCUGCCUGCCGGGCAAGCCGUUGCCCGUCGGCCUGUUGACAGCCGAGCCGCGUUCCCAGUGGGCUGUGGACCGUGAGGCCCUGCAGACGGAUGAGCGCAACCAGCGGAACCUGGAGCUGAUCGAAACGGCGCUGGUGGUGCUAUGCUUGGACGAGCCGUUGAACACCAAUUUCAAUGCACGCGGCUUCAGUGGUGCCACGCCCAGCGUCCACACCGCCGGCGAUCGGGAUGAGACGAACAUGGCACACGAAAUGCUCCACGGCGGAGGCAGCGAAUUCAACUCGGCCAAUCGCUGGUUCGACAAGACCAUGCAGCUCAUCAUCUGCACCGAUGGCAGCUGGGGCCUCUGUUACGAGCACUCGACCUCCGAGGGCAUCGCAGUCGUCCAGCUGCUGGAGAAGGUCUACAAGAAGAUUGAAGAGCAUCCGCAGGAAGACAACGGCGUGCCCCAGCAUCACUUGCCGCCUCCCGAGCGCCUCGAGUGGCAUGUGAACGACAAGCUGCAGCAACGCUUCGUCCAGGCUGCCAAGUCGGUGGACAGGGCCAUUGACAAUCUGGAUUUCUAUGUCUACCGCUACAAGGGCUACGGCAAGAACUUUGUCAAGUCCUGCCAGGUUAGCCCGGACGUCUACAUACAGCUGGCCCUCCAGCUCGCCUACUUUAAACUUUACGGCCAUUUGGUGGCCACCUAUGAGAGUGCUUCCACCAGGCGCUUCCUGCUCGGUCGUGUGGAUUGCAUACGUGCUGCCAGCACGGAGGCGCUGGAGUGGGCCAAGGCGAUGUGUCAGGGCGAGGGUGCCAACGUUCCACUGGAGAGCGACCGCGAGGAGGACGAGGAGGAUGCCCGCAAAGUCAAAUUUAGCAUUUAUAGCAAGGAUCAUCUGCGUGAGCUGUUCCGCUGCGCCGUCGCCCGGCAGACGGAGGUGAUGGUAAAGAACAUUCUUGGCCAUGGCAUCGACAUACCACUGCUGGGGCUGCGCGAGGCUUCGGUGGAGGUCACUGGGGAGCUGCACGAGCUCUUCACGGAUGAGUCCUACAAGAUAUCGCAAUGCUUUCUGCUCUCCACCAGCCAGGUCGCCUUCACCACGGACAGCUUCAUGGGCUAUGGCCCGGUCACGCCUCGGGGCUACGGCUGCUCCUAUAACCCGCACCCCGAUCAAAUUGUCUUCUGCGUGUCCGCAUUCUACGACUGCGAGGAUACGAGCGCCUCUCGUUAUGCCAAAUCCCUGCAAGACUCGCUCGACAUCAUGCGCGACCUUCUGCAAAACUAAAUGCAAUAUGAAUAGUGUAAAAUGGAAAUUGGAACGUGGAAUGAGAUUUGGGGAAUGGAACGUGGUAUGUAGACAAUGGAACGUGGAACGCCGGAAUGGAAUGCAGCGAAAAUACAAGGAAACUUAGAAAACUAAGAAAAGGAAGCGGAACCAAAGCAUAGAUAUCGUCACAUCGGCUUCAAAACUAAUUGAAAAACAAUGAAAGGUGGAACGGACGAAAAUGAAACACAACAAAACAAACAUAUCAGUAACUGUACCUUAGCAAACAAUUUGUCCAAAACAAAUAUAUCCGCAAGGAAAUCCCUAACUAUACAAAAGACGAGGUAGAUCAAUUGGUUGCGGCUAUGCCGACUAUUAAAUACCCUUGGAGAGAGGCGAUAAAAGAAAAUCACAUAAACUUGAUCUAUGUAGCUAGUUCAUAUUGGAACUAUAAGGUAUAGUGAUCCGAUUCAAGUAUUCAUACACACGUUAAACCACAUCAUGACUAAAGCCAACAUCGACUACCUCUGCAAGGGUAUCAAAAGUAACCUAUAUAUAUGUAAACAGUAGUUAACUAGCGUCCGCAUGACGUCAUCUGUUUAUGAGC